AACUUCCGGUUCCGCUGUUCAUGGAGGUGUGCACUGUUUGGCAUCCUUGCCGUCUUUGCUGUGGGGUGCUGAAGUCACAAUUGGGAAUGUGUUCAGUAAUAUUGACUGCUAAUCUUUCUACUGAACAUAUGCCAGGGCGUACCGCGUAAAAGCGGGAAUUGACGUGUGUUUCGAACAACGUUCGCUGUCUUGCGGCGUGUGCUUUUGAUCUUGCGUUCAGCGGGAAAGUGCCAUUGGCCGUGUAUACGCCCGCUGUUUACACUUCCCUUUGGUGUAUGGAGAUGUGUAACUGGGGCAUCGCAAACGGACCAAGAUGGAAUUGACUGACUACGCUUUCGACACACGAAUACGCAGGAGGCACAUUCCUUUGCUCAGCAAUCAGAGACGACUCAGGCACCUGACAGCAAUAUAUGCGCGAAACGUUGUGUCGCCUGAAAUAUCAGAGACGGAGUAUUUUGGUCUUUUCUACACAAUUCACCUAAACCGCGAUGACUCCGCCAUCUACACCAGUGAAGUGUGCGAGAAUAAUUUGAAUCCGAUGUGGCAGCAGCUGCAGAUGGCAAAGUUCAAUAGCCUGCGGAACAAUACUUCCAAAUCCCUGGUGGUGCGAGUUUGGCUGACCAAGAAGAAUGACUCGUGUGUCACUUGUGUGAUAGAAUGGGAUGUCAAUCUUCAUGGACUGUGCUUCCUUGGCGAACAGGUGCCUAAGGAUGGGCGGAAGUUUCUCCCAAACACACUUCUUUAUGCCAUGCCAGAAGGCAUUUACGGAGCUGCAAACACCAUUGUGCAGCAGGGACCAAAGAGUGACCAUUCAGGGCACAGCUUGUAUGAAGUUCUUUACUCAGACCCAACUGUGAUCAGGAAUUCUUGCUCAGUCAACAGCUUGAAGCGGAUGAUGAUGACUGAGAGAGCUAUCAAGCAGACACAGGCAUCAGUAUCACGUGUCCGCAGAGCCAUUGAGAAGAGACUUCAGCAGCGACUGCAGCUGCACGAGCGUCUUGCUGAACAGGAAAAGGUGCGACUUCGAAUAGGUCUGCUAAAAGAAGUCACUGAAGAGCGUUCUCGGCAGCUUGAAAAGGAACGGGUAGCCUGCCAGGUCAAGGCACAGGAGCUUGCUGACAAAGAGAAGCAACUGGCAAGCAUGGCAGCCGAACUUGUGGAGAAACGGAACACGCUGGUGGAAAGGCGGAGGCACUACUUUGAAGUCCGGGAGAGCCUGCUCAAGACUUCCUCACGGUUGCUGUUCAGACAGAAGGAGCUCAUUACUGAGCUGGCCUUUAUCUACCCAGUGGUGUCUCUCCCAGAAGGAAAGGGCUACACUAUCUGCUUUGUUCAUCUUCCUAAUAGUGAGGAUUUUAGUGAUCGUGAUGAUCAAACGAUUUCGGUCGCCCUUGGCUACGUCACGCACACACUGCUAAUGAUGUCACACUUCUUGGACGUGCCACUCCGCUAUCCUCUUAUCCACUGCGGAUCUAUGUCUUCUGUGCGGGACAACCUCAUCGAACACUUCACGGACAUAGAGCGCGAAUUUCCCUUGCAUAUGAAAGGAAAGAACCGCAUGACAUUCAACUAUGGUGUCUAUCUCCUCAAUCGCAACAUUGCCCAGAUGAGGUGCCACUGCAACAUGGUCACCAAAGACCUCCGGCCAACGCUGCACAAUCUUUAUGGGCUUUAUGAUUACUACAGCAUAAAGCAGAACAGCCAGCCAAGUAGUGCACCGGUGCCAGUGCCAGCUUCUCCUUUAGCCAUGCCCAUAAAAAGUAACAACAACAUCGGCUCUGCACGGGAGCAGCGGUCAUCAGACGAGGUGCUUUCGCCUCCCACAACGAAAUGUGAGGACAUGGAGCAUAUCUUCAAAUGUGAGGAGGAGGCAGCAGGUGGAGUGGAGGCAAGCACAGCUGUUGCCCCGCAGAAACUGAGCAGUUCUCUGGACAAAGGGCUGGACAGCUUCCAGAACACGGCUGCUGCUGAGCCCGAGGACAAGAGGAGUGCUGCGCUGCCAGUCAAGUUCCCGAGCCUUCAGAGCAGCUAUCGCCUCAGUGAGCCGAAUCUCAGGGAGUUCGAGGCACGCACAACGCUCAAGGAGAGACAGGCAGCGGCAGACCAUUUGCUGCCUGUGCCACCAGUUGUGUACGAUGCGACCGAGGAGAGCGGAUCGCUCAACAGUGGUGAUGGCACUGUGGAAGUGGCUGUAGACACAUUGUUUGAUGCGGACCUCACGGCACGGACGGAGCAGUUGGCUAGUGUGGUGCGCAGCUUCCGAACAUACUCCUCAGUAUCGUCAUCCAAUGGACCGAGCCCAAAGCCAUAGUGUUUUCUUUAUUCCUCUCGUGGUUUCGAGUGAAAUGGGCGUGGGGGAUUUAGUUGUGAAAGCCCUGUGCACGACCUGCUAUCUUUAUGGUUAUUUUUAAGUGCCACAAAUUUAAACUGUGCUUGCAAAGAGAUUGGCACGUGCAUCUCGAGGCAGCUGGUUUUCUUUUACAUUCUUGGUAUCAAUGUCCGACUUACAACUGCAACAAGAGAACGGUGUACUUUGGCUAUGUCCAUUUGACUUGGAAAAACCUCACAGUUUUAAUCUACCCUGUGUGUACGCUUUCACAAGUUCAUGGCCAUGGUAACAGAAUGGAUUGUGAGUACUUUUCUUUUCUUUAAUAGAGUGAUGUCCUCUUUCUUGAAUUAUUCUCGUAGUAACACCAUUUGUGCCUGUUGAUUGCAAAUAUCAAAGAAUCUACUACCCAUCGAUGGUAAAUUCAUAUCUAUAUUCACUAGUUAUAGUAAGUUCAAGAAGUUUUUAUACUGUUAUAAACAUACUCAGCAUAUAAUAUAAUGUUAUUUUAUACAUUAUGUAGUUAUGAGUACGCAUGUUUCUCAAAGAUGGCUAUGAACUCCGACUGUUGUUGCCUUUGUGUUAAUGAGUGAUCUUUGUACACUGCUUUGUUGUGAUGACUUUUCAUGUAAACUGCCACAUUGCCGUUGGAAUUUGUAACAUUUUGCAAUGUAGUGAUAUCUGUUCGCUUGCAGUGGGCAUUUGCCGCACACGAAGUAGAAUCAUUGUGAUAUUAGGGUUUAUCUUUUCUACAAUGAGUGCUUGGGCACAGGACUUUCUGCUGCAUAACACAAAGUAACUGCUCGUGCUAGUCAAAUGGUUAGAAAGCAUACGUGUAUUCACUUUGGUUGCUUGUCAAGUAGAGAUUAAAAGUGGACAAGCUAUGCA